AUGGCGUCUUGGAACUUCCAAAAAUUUAAAACCAUGAAAUAUCUAUUAUUGCUACUAUUAUGUGUUUCUAUAGUUAAUUCCCAAGGCUCUGAUGAUUACGAUGGAGAUGAGCCCGGUUUGGAUGCCCGUGGUCAUCGACCCCUUGACAAGAAGCGGGAAGAAGCUCACAAACUGAGGCCUGUCCCACCUCCCAUUAGUGGAGGUGGCUAUCGUCCUCGUCCAGUCAAAGCAGUUGCCGGCCAAAAGAAAGUGGAAAGGAAAGCCCCUGAUGCUGGAGGCUGCCUUCACGCUGAUCCAGAUCUGGGAGUGCUGUGUCCUACGGGAUGUCAGUUACAAGAUACUUUGCUAAGUCAGGAAAGACCAACUAAAAACAGUGUUAGUGAAUUAAAUAACAAUGUGGAGUCCAUCUCCCAGACCUCUUUGAGCACCUUUCAGUACAUGACUGUGCUGAAAGAUAUGUGGAAUAAGAAACAGAAGCAAGUGAAAGAUAAUGAAAAUAUAAUAAAUGAAUACUCCUCAGAGAUGGAAAAGCAGCAAUUGUAUAUAGAUGAGACUGUAAAUGAUAAUAUCCCAACUAACCUCCGUGUUCUCCGUUCAAUACUGGAAAACCUGAGAAACAAAAUACAAAAAUUAGAAUCUGAUGUGUCCGCUCAGAUGGAAUAUUGUCGAACACCAUGCACUGUUAGCUGCAAUGUUCCUGUGGUGUCUGGCAAAGAAUGUGAGGAAAUUAUCAGGAAAGGAGGUGAAACAUCAGAAAUGUAUCUCAUUCAGCCUGAGAGUUCUGUCAAACCAUAUAGAGUGUAUUGUGAUAUGAACACAGAAAAUGGAGGAUGGACAGUAAUUCAGAACCGCCAAGAUGGCAGUGUUGACUUUGGCAGGAAGUGGGAUCCAUAUAAACAAGGAUUUGGAAACAUUGCAACCAAUGAAGAUGGCAAAAAGUUCUGUGGCCUACCAGGUGAGUAUUGGCUUGGCAAUGAUAAAAUCAGCCAUCUUACCAAAAUGGGACCCACAGAACUUUUGAUUGAGAUGGAAGAUUGGAAAGGAGGUAAAGUGAAGGCCCUCUAUGGAGGAUUCACUGUACAGAAUGAGGCCAACAAAUACCAAAUUUCAGUGGACAAGUAUAAAGGCACAGCUGGUAACGCCCUCAUAGAUGGAGCUUCCCAACUGGUGGGAGAAAACAGAACCAUGACCAUUCACAACGGCAUGUACUUCAGCACUUAUGACAGAGACAACGAUGGCUGGGUAACUGCAGAUCCAAGUAAACAGUGCUCUAAAGAGGACGGUGGUGGAUGGUGGUAUAAUAGAUGCCAUGCAGCCAAUCCAAAUGGCAGAUACUACUGGGGAGGACGUUACAGCUGGGAUAUGGCAAAACAUGGCACAGAUGAUGGAGUAGUCUGGAUGAAUUGGAAGGGGUCAUGGUAUUCAAUGAAGAAGAUAUCUAUGAAGAUCAGACCCUUCUUUCCCCAGCAAUAG